UGGAGAUGGGUUCUACACAAGCCAGCCCCAUGCAACGAUCAUUCAAAAACUUUUAAAAGCAUCCCCCAACACAGCCUUUUCAGUUUCCACUUUCCACUCAUUGGAAACCAAAAGAGAAAUGUCAUCCUUAUCUUGUCCUCUAAUCUCCUCUCUAGUCAUUCUCACCCAAACCUUGCAUGCAUUGUACUCAGAAUUUUGGACCAGAGUAGAAGCUAUGAAAGGAACGGGGGGAAAGUUCUUUAGGAAAUUGAAAUUCAUACCAUCAUUUAGCACCUUGAAACAAGGUCUAGCCCUUCAGUUAGACCCCUCGGAGAAGGUUUCCAGUCAAAACUGUCAAAUUCCACCAGUUUACAAAGAACGAGAUGGAAAGAGCAACAACCUCUCAGAGUUACUAGUUGGCAGUACUGGCGUGUCUGAACUGGAUAACCAUCCUCGGGAUGAAGAAAUGGAAUUGGACUUCAGUGUUAGCGACAAAGAUUGCUUUACAUCCUCCAUAAAGACCAAAGACAAGGUGCCUGCCAAGGAAACUCCAGAGAUUCCAAUCUUGUCACGCAGCAUCAUGGAACAUGGUGGUACACAUGAAGCAAAAGACAGCAAAGAAUAUCCAUAUCUGUUAGACUUUGAAGAGAAAUGUCCACCAGGAGGAAGUGACUCCAUAGUUUUCUACACAACAAGCUUGAGAGGUAUCAGGAAAACAUUCGAGGACUGCAGCACAAUCCGGUUCUUGUUGGAAAGCUUUAAAGUAUUGUUCUACGAGAGAGAUGUUUCAAUGCAUUUGGAAUAUAGGGAAGAACUUUGGAACAUCAUGGGUAGUAGAGUGAUCCCUCCAAGGAUUUUCAUAAAGGGGAGGUACAUUGGAGGAGCUGAUGAAGUUGUCAGUUUACAUGAGCAAGGCAAGCUGAGGAAGCUCUUGGAAGGUAUACCACUCGACCCAUCCAGUUCCUCAUGCAGUGGGUGCGCCAAUGUGAGAUUUGUGGUGUGCCCUAAUUGCAAUGGCAGCCGGAAGAUUAUUGCAGAUGGGGAAAGCGAUGACUUGUACAUUAGAUGCCCUGAAUGUAAUGAAAAUGGGUUGGUUAAAUGCCCAACUUGCAGCCGAUAAUCUAACGAAUAUGACCUGUUAAUUUCUAGCACUUCUUGAUCAGCUGGUAAUGAAACUUGUUCCUUCCUUCUCUUAGUUUCUUGGUCUUCACUCUAUAGUAUCUAUUUAAAAUUUCUGUAAUGGUUGGUUCUGAUUGUUGUUCCAUUAGCUUAUAGGUGGAAAAA